AUACGUCAUUUCCGGCGUACAGUAACCGCCCUCUGUGUACAAACCGCGGAUUUUUGAAAGUUACCAUUUAUGUUGUUGCGAUUAUUAGUCAGACGGACAGCAUAUUGUUACACUCUUAAGCAGAAAUUACAGAUUGUGUCAGAACAUCAUGAUGUCUAUUACCGACCCAAGCAUGAGUGACAGGUUCACCAGUUCAUUGGAGGAAAUCCACAAUAAUCACCUUAAAUCGUAUGCAGAGAUAAUUGACACAAUUUCAGAGUUAUCUCACAAUCAGUUUGUAAAAUCCGCUGUUGACACGUGUUUGAAGAAAGGCAAGGAUGACAAGAAGCUGUUUGAGACGAUACAGGAAUUUAAAACGGACCUGGAGAGAAAAAAAAUGGCACUGAAGGAGAAACAGCGCGCCAUAUCAGAGGUGACGUCUGAGAUUCAGGAAAAAGAGAUGCAGAAAGAGCACAUCAUCCUAAAAAUUCAGAGACACAAAGAAGACCAAAUGAAGAGAAAAGACUUAAUCGAGUCUCAGAACAGAGCAAACAAAGACAGACUGAGAAACCUCCAGAAAGCCAGGCUUGUUUUCCAGGAUCAUUUGGGGCUGGAAAUUCGAACGAUUAUCAACAAGACGCAGAUGGUCAAAGGUGAAAAGUUGCAGUUUAUUUUCCGAAACAUCAGUCUCUCUGACCAGGACAGCGCUUACGUCAUUACAAUGGGGCUUAAAGAAAAUGGAUCUUACCAGAUUGUGUCUAGCGAUCCAGCACUCGAGUGCUUGCCAAUCUUGGAAAGCCGACUCCAGGAGACCAAUAAUUUACCAGCAUUCCUGGCUAAUGUCAGAAAGGAGUUCAUCUCUAAGGCUCGCUCCUGAGAUUUCACGGUAUGCUUACAAAAGGCGGUGGUGUUUCUACUGCAAUGCAGACUGACGGAAACGAUGGUUACAUUGAAUUUGAUCAAAGGGAUCAUAUUCUGAUCAUAUCAUAUUCUGAUCUGUAACCAAAUUGUCAACUUUGUCAAGAGGAUGAAUUUGCUUUUAAAUUUCAGAUGUGUUUUUACUCAAGUUCUGCCUCUUACAAAAUGUAUAUAUUAGAUCUUCAACAUGUCAUGUCAAAUAACUAAUCAUUUAAACGUAAACAGUUUUAAUUUAUUUUUGUUCUAAAAUCAGUGCUCAUUUUACAAACAUCAGGAACAUCAGUGUUUUUCCCCUUGUGCAUAUUAUUUUCUGUUUGUUGUAAUAAACUACAUGUUUUUAAAAGUA